UCCUAUGUAGUAUUUGUGUGUCACGCUGCCAGCUGUCAUGAGUCCUGCAGUAAGCACAGAGUAAGAAGAGGAGGCGCUGCUGUGAUCCCUGGGGAGGGUCCAUGCAUCUGAAAGAGAUGAACGAAGAAAAGCGUAAGCGAGAAAGAGUUACAUAGAGAAGGAGACUUUCUUUCCAGGCAGAGUUCUUAUCGCCAGAGAUCUCUGCUGCAUCUGCUGCUCCUCAGAGCAGAGUCUCCUCUUUCAGCACCACCAAGGGAGGGACAGUUCCCAGGACUACUUGCAAGAAGCUGCUGUAUCUAAAGCACCUGAAUCCAAGCUGAUAGAAUAAACCAUAGGCUCCUCUCAUUCACACACACACAUUCUACUGGGAACCCUGCAGCACAAUGUACCAGGGACAUAUCCAGGUAGUAGGUGUGACCUUGAAGAAAAAGUGGUUCAGUCUUCCAAAAAGUGACUUGACCCCAAUUUUGGGGAAAAGCGCUAGGGCGGCAGAUAAGGCUGUUGCCAUGGUGAUGAAGGAGAUCCCGAGGCAGCCGUCUGCAGAGGAGAAGCCCCUCCUCACUAUGACCUCACAGCUGGUGAAUGAACAACAAGAAAGCAGGCCUCUUCUCAGCCCAUCUAUUGAUGACUUUCUGUGUGAAACCAAAGCAGAAGCAAAGGCCAGGCCAGUAACUUCAAAUACAGCAGUUUUAUCUCCAGGACUGGAUCUUCUCGAUUUAAGUGAACCAGUUCCACCUACACAGAGUAAAGGAAAAAAGUCAGAAUCAGUUGUUAAAGGUGAACCCUCUAAAGGACAAUCCAUGAAAAAGAAGGUGGAUGACUCCGAACUCAUCAAGCCAGAAGCUGAACGAAGCACAAAGUCUAUAAAAAAUCCAGAAAAAUCUUCAUUAGAUUUAGUCCACAUUCAGACACAGUUGGAGAAAUGGGGUGAUGGGUGUUUUCGAGGAGAUAAAAGCAGUGACAGUCACCGGGUCCUGGAAAGAAAAUUAUCAUCCAAGGCAUCUUCUAAAGAGCUCUUAUGGUCUGCAGAUGGUAGAUCACAAGCUGAUCCCACCAGAGACAGGAAUAAUGCGCUGGAAACAGAACAAGCAUCUGACUUUGAAUUAGCACCUGCUAUAAAAGGUAGAGAAUUACGUUUGGGAGGAGCAUAUCUGUCCAGAAACCAAUCAUUAGAGGAAGAAUUUGAAAGAGCAAAGGCUGCGGUUGAGUCAGAUACUGAAUUUUGGGAUAAGAUGCAAGCUGAAUGGGAAGAAAUGGCAAGACGAAACUGGAUUUCAGAUAAUUCAAGUUCACCCAAUCUAUCUGGAUUGCCCUCCAAAGAAACUGGUUACUAUUUCCAUACGGAGAACCCAUUUAAGGACUGUUCUGGAGCCUUUGAAGAAGGAAUGAAGAAGCUGAAAGAAGGGGAUUUACCUGUGACCAUCCUAUACUUAGAAGCUGCCAUCUUACAAGAUCCUAAUGAUGCUGAGGCGUGGCAGUAUCUCGGCAUCACACAGGCAGAGAAUGAAAAUGAGCAGGCAGCCAUUGUAUCUUUACAAAGGUGCUUACAGCUACAACCAAACAAUUUAAAAGCACUCAUGGCCUUAGCUGUCAGCUAUACGAAUACUGGACACCAAAAUGAAGCAUACGAAGCUCUAAAGACAUGGAUAAAACAAAAUCCAAGAUAUAAAUACUUAGUAAAGGGUAAAUCAGAGUCACCUGACCUAACACGGAGGAUGUCGAAAUCUUUAUGGGAAAGUACUUCUCUAGAAGAGGUAAAGGAGUUAUAUCUGGAAGCAGCGCAUCAGAAUGGUGAUCUCAUAGAUCCUGAUCUGCAGACCGGACUGGGAGUCCUAUUUAAUCUCAGUGGGGAGUUUGAUAGAGCUGUUGAUGCCUUCAACUCAGCCUUAUUGGUGCGACCAGAUGACUAUUCAUUGUGGAAUCGUCUAGGUGCAACGUUAGCAAACGGAGAUCGGAGUGAAGAGGCCGUAGAAGCCUACACGAAAGCGCUGGAAAUACAACCAGGUUUCAUCAGAUCCAGAUACAAUUUAGGAAUAAGCUGCAUUAACCUUGGAGCUCACAGAGAGGCUGUUAGCAACUUCCUCACAGCUUUAAAUCUUCAGAGGAAAAGUAGAACUCAUCAGCAAGCUCAGCAUCCUGUCAUCUCAGGCAACAUCUGGGCCGCACUCAGGAUAGCGCUAUCCAUGAUGGACCAACCAGAACUCUUUCAUGCCGCCAAUGUGGGAGACCUGGAUGUCCUCUUAAGAGCAUUUAAUAUAGAAUCUUGAAGACAUGUCUUGGCCUCAAGAACAGUCUUUUUUCUUUUUUUUUUUUAACUAAUAAAGUUAUGUUCACUGUAUUCAGUUGGGCAUGAUAUUAAGUACUUCCACCGGAUGAUAACUUGGCUUUUUCCCCAAAAGCUCGCUGGGUUAUGUCUGGCACAAAAAGCACAAUUGACAAGUAGUUGUACAUGAAUCUUACUUUACGAACAAUUUGAAGAAACAUAUCUUUCCACUAUUGAAUAUUUACAUAGAACUAUUUAUAGUAAAGGACUGGUAUACAGGGGACCUAUUGUACUUUUAGGCAUCUGUUACAGAAAACUUGCCCAGUUACCUGCUGUUCUCCUUCCAUUCAAUAUUGGAUGUCAAUGUUUUGAAGGUGCUUUCUAUAUAAACUAGCACUGCAACCACCUGCAGAACAUGGAAGAACUGCUGAUCAGUGCAUGAGGAUCUAUAUAUCGUUCACAGCCUGUAUGAUCUUUAAAUAUGUUAGUAGAUAUUACGUAGUUUUAUUAGCAUUGUUUUGCAUAACCUGAUAAAAUAUAAAUUUAGGUUGCACCUUCCAAGAAAAGCCUCCUAUAUGAUCCAAUGCAGGUCACCUGAAACCUACAGGAAUGAAGUGCGUAGCGAAGAGCACUGUCGGAAAGAAGCUAGUUGCCUUUGUUAACAGAUACAUCCGUUGUAUUGUCAGCAGGUAUAGCCAACUGCCAAAUUUCAUAUUGAUUUUACUAUCUACACAAUCAGAAAGUUGCACUGACUGAAGCUAUAACAUGCCUGUUUGGGACUUUACAUUUGCACUUUAGACUUAUUAUGUUUCAUUUAUGCAAUGUUUUUCAUCCAGUAGGUUUGAAGAAUUGAAGAGUCUGGCCAAUAUGGCAGAUAGGACCAAAUAUAAUCUGCUUAGACUUUUUGUAGACCUUUAGAUCACCCGUUUUGCAUAUAAUGAAUUGCAUUUAAUAAAAUUGUUUUAGUCUAGGAAAUGAAAAAAUAUGCUAUGUAAAUGGUUUCAUAUUGACUCGAGCUAGGCAAUUUGUGGUUCUGUAGAAUUGCAUGCCGACCAGUGGUUACCUGAGAUUAGCACAGCAAGCUGGAACUUGCGCUAUUAUUACUAUAGAAUCAAAGGACGCCUGCUCCUGAUUUAGAUACUGCUAAACCACUGCAAAGAAUUCAUUGUAAUAUGAUGUAAUAGCAUUCCAGUAUUUUCAUGAAAUAUAUAAAGCCUUAUACAGAUCAUAGUUCAAAAACAAUGUUUUGCCUAUAUUAUUAUAUAUAUUAUAAAUAUUAUCUAUUUUCAAAAA